AUGUCGCCGUUCGCCCUGGGCGAAGCCAUUCCCUCGGACACGGCACACGCUGUAAGCGUAUCGCUACCUACAUGGCAAGCCAAUGUUGGUUACGAAGAGGGAGAAAAAUGGGUAUUGAAUCAAAUGGCUACUGGUUAUCCCAGAUUUUUCAUCCAUAAAAGCAUACAACUGUUCGCCCUCGAUAUCACAUCUACUUUUGGGAAAAAUGGACUACAGGCCAUGCUAUUUCCGACGCGACUGGCAGCCAAGCGUUGUGUCGAAUUUGUCACAAAUGCCCAGAGCAAUCUUUGCGAUGCAAUGGACGUUAUUGAGUUGAAGUUGGAUACAUCAAAGAUAUCAAAUAUCUUAAUUAAGAACCUUUCACCAACGUUAUCUGCUGUAUUAAUGCCGGAUAGUGCAUUUAUCAUUGCCAAACAAUACUGGCAGCACACCGGAGAUGGUAUUUCGAGCCGCCAAGCUGAAUUCUGUCAUAGCUUAUUCAGGGAUGGACUUCUUGUCACCGCAACCGAGGCAGACUGCCUGAACGCAUCAGCGGGAGCUAAAAGGAUGGUGAUACGGGGGCCUAAACGGUAUCACCGGUCUGGUUUCAAUAUCACGGCUCAUACUAGACCGACCUUGAACGCGCAAACAGCGAACAAAAGCGAAGAGUCGCAGGAAAGCCUUCGUUUUUUAGAAGAAAGAUUUGGUCGAAAUCUGGACCUGGCGUUUGUGGAAUGCGCCAAGUCUGCCAUCCGUAGACGAAUCGCAGGGUCUAUAGUUCAGGAUUUGAACAUGCGAAACGAGGCACUGGCAACAAAUUCAAGGGGCCGGCUUGUCCUACGUGAGAAUGACAUUUACCUGUUUCCAGCAGGGAUGAACGCCAUUUUUAAUGCUCAUCGUGUGCUGCUUUCAGCCAGAGGACAGCUCAAAAGCAUCAGCUUUGGUUUUCCAUAUGUCGAUACGCUCAAAAUUCUUCAAAAAUUCGGUCCGGGAUGCGAAUUUUAUGGCCACGCUUCAUCGGCUGAUCUUGACCACCUUGAAAGCCUCCUAAAAUCCGGGCAACGGUUCCUUGCACUUUUCUGCGAGUUUCCAGGCAAUCCGCUUCUCAUAUGCCCAGACCUCAAGAGAAUUCGCCGGCUUGCUGACGAAUUUGAUUUUGCGGUUGUGGUUGAUGAAACGAUUGGAACUUUCGCAAAUAUCAACGUGCUAUCGGAUGCUGAUAUAGUUGUGAGUAGCCUGACGAAAUUCUUCUCCGGUGACUCCAACGUCAUGGGGGGGAGUAUAGUAUUCAACUCGAAUAGCAAGUACUACAAGGACUUGAAAGACGCCGUGGACCAUAUAUAUGAGGACACUUAUUGGCCUGAAGAUGCUGUUUUUAUGGAGCGAAAUAGCAGGGAUUUCCAGAACCGGUUGAAGCGCAUCAACACGAAUGCAGAGGCUAUUUGUGCAAUCUUGCAGAAGCAACCCACCGUUAAUAGUAUUUUUUAUCCCAAGCUGAACACCUCCAAGCAUUACUACGAUGAUUAUAGAUUGCCGAAUGGAGGGUAUGGAGGAUUGCUUUCAAUAGUCUUCCAUGAUAAGAAGCAAGCACAAGCCUUCUAUGACGCGAUGGAAAUCGCAAAGGGACCAAGUCUUGGGACAAAUUUUACACUCUGUAGUCCCUAUGUCUUGCUUGCUCACUAUCAGGAGCUUUCAUGGGCUGCACAGUUUGGAGUAACCGAAGAUCUGGUUCGUGUGAGCGUCGGCUUGGAGGAUACGGUCUCCCUCCAAAAGACCUUUUUAGAAGCGUUGAAGGCAGCCGAAUCAAGUAUAAAUCAGAACUGA